AUGUCCCGUGUUGGUGUUUUAGUGUUAGGCCCCGCGGGGGUCGGUAAAUCCACAUUCUGCAACUCCAUCAUCUCACACAUGCAAUCCAUCGGGAGACGGGCGCACAUCGUUAAUUUGGAUCCAGCAGCGGAUGCGACGCAGUACGAAUUUACGAUUGAUAUCCGUGACCUUAUCUCGCUCCAAGAUGUCCAGGAGGAAAUGAACUUGGGCCCGAACGGGGCACUCAUCUACUGCUUCGAAUUCUUGAUGAACAACUUGGACUGGCUCGAUGAGCAGAUCGGCGACUUUAACGACGAGUACCUCAUCUUUGACUGUCCCGGCCAGAUUGAACUCUACACGCACAUCCCGAUCUUGCCCACGAUCGUCAAGCACUUGACGUCGCAGUUGAACUUCAGUCUCUGCGCAACCUACUUGUUGGAGGCGCCGUUCGUGAUUGACCGCUCCAAGUUCUUCAGUGGCGCCUUGUCUGCGAUGUCUGCGAUGAUCUUAUUGGAAUUGCCACACAUCAACAUUUUGUCUAAGGUGGACCUCGUAGAGACCCAGGUCGCGAAACGUGAGUUGAAGCAGUUCUUAAACCCCGACCCGAUGCUAUUGGCCAGCGACAUUAAUGAAAAGACCAACCCUAGGUUUGCCAAGUUGAACCGCGCGAUUGCCAACUUGGUUGAUGAUUUCGGCAUGGUUCAGUUUUUGCCAUUGAACUGUAACACCAAGGACGAUGAGAGCAACAGUGUGGCUAACAUCUUGUCAUAUAUUGAUGAUGUCACACAGUGGUCCGAGGCGCAGGAGCCGAAGGAUCCGAAGGAAGACUUUGACCCGGAAGAGUUGGAAGAGUAG